AUGGGCGAUUUUAUCGAUUUGGUAAAAAAUGAGGAAUCUUAUACCCCUCUCACUCGUGUUCAUAUUCCAAGAGAUCGGCUUGGUGCAGGACAACAGUUACUGAAUGAUUACUUUGUAGAAAACGCAAAGUACCCGCCAUACUCCCUUAGGUGGCGAUUUCGAAUGGUAAAAGAGUUAUUCAUGCGUAUAGCUAAUGAUAUAACUUCUUUCUCCCCAGUUGGUGAUGAGCCUGUUCCUCGUCAUUUUAUUGAGUUAGAAGAGUACUUACGAAGACCAACAACAGAUAAUAUACAACGAUUCUACCAGAAACACGCACACCUUCGUGGUUUUCCAGGGAUGCUUGGGAGCAUCGACUGUAUGCAUUGGCCCUGGAAAAGGUGUCCAAAAGCAUGGCAAGGCCAGUUCACUCGAGGUGAUAAAGGGGUACCAACCAUCAUGCUUGAAGUUGUUGCAUCGUACAAUUUAUGGAUUUGGCAUGCAUUUUUUGGAAUGGCAGGUUUGAACAAUGACAUAAACAUCCUUAAUCAAUCACAUUUGUUUAGGGAAAUCAUUGAGGAUACGACUCCGGAUACUUCAUUUAUGGUUAACGGAACCGAUUACCAGAAGCGGUACUAUCUAGCCGACGGUAUUUAUCUUGAGUGGGCGACAUUUGUCAAGGCUUUUUAUGCCCACAAGACCCAAAAAAAUAAAAUUCAAGAAGUAUCAAGAAGUGCGCGAAAAGAUGUGGAAUGA